AUGGCUUCCCGUGGACUCCCCCGUGCCCUCCGUCUGGCCCGUGUUGCCGCCCCUCGCACAGUCAUCUCGGCCGCCCUCCCCCGGCCUGCUCUCGCUAAGGCUGCUACCCGUGUGGCUGCCUCGACCGCUCCCGUCCGUGGCGUCAAGACCAUGACCUUCGCUGAUUCCAAGGAGACCGUCUACGAGCGUGCGGAUUGGCCCCGUGAGAAGCUCCUGGAAUACUUCAAGAAUGACACUCUCGCUCUGAUCGGUUACGGUUCCCAGGGUCACGGCCAGGGUCUCAACCUCCGUGACCAGGGCCUCAAUGUUAUUGUUGGUGUCCGUAAGGAUGGUGCCUCGUGGAAGGAGGCCGUUCAGGAUGGCUGGGUUCCCGGCAAGAACCUGUUCGACCUCACCGAGGCCGUGCAGAAGGGUACCAUUGUCAUGAAUCUGCUCUCCGACGCUGCCCAGAGCGAGACCUGGCCCACCCUCAAGCCCCUGAUCACCAAGGGCAAGACUCUCUACUUCUCCCACGGUUUCUCUCCCGUCUUCAAGGAGCUCACCAAGGUCGACGUCCCCAAGGACGUUGAUGUCAUCCUUGUCGCUCCCAAGGGUUCCGGCCGUACCGUCCGCACCCUCUUCCGCGAGGGCCGUGGUAUCAACUCCUCCAUUGCCGUCUACCAGGACGUCACCGGCAAGGCCAAGGAGAAGGCUAUUGCCAUGGGUGUUGCCGUCGGUUCCGGUUACCUCUACGAGACCACCUUCGAGAAGGAGGUCUACUCCGACCUGUAUGGUGAGCGUGGUUGCCUGAUGGGUGGUAUCCACGGUAUGUUCCUCGCUCAGUACGAGGUCCUGCGUGAGCGCGGCCACAGCCCCUCCGAGGCCUUCAACGAGACCGUUGAGGAGGCCACUCAGUCUCUCUACCCCUUGAUCGGUGCCAACGGCAUGGACUGGAUGUACGCCGCUUGCUCCACCACUGCCCGUCGCGGUGCCAUCGACUGGUCCAGCCGCUUCAAGGACACCCUGAAGCCUAUUUUCAAUGAACUCUACGACAGUGUGCGUGACGGCACUGAGACCAAGCGCUCGCUCGAAUACAACUCUCAGAAGGACUACCGUGAGAAGUACGAGAAGGAGAUGCAGGACAUCCGUGAUCUCGAGAUCUGGCGCGCUGGAAAGGCCGUUCGUUCCCUCCGCCCUGAGAACCAGAAGUAA